AUGCCAAAAGCAACAACCAAGAAGGCUAAACCCGGUGGACUCCGUCGUGCUCAACUCGGAGACGAUACUAAAUCUGCCGCUGCAGAGUCUCCGCGUUUCAAUCCCCUCGCCGCCGCCACCACUACAGGAACCAAAGGAAAAUCGACUUCAGGUGUGACCUCAGGCUCUUCAACAACGGCGGCUCAGGACCAGGAAAUGACCGUGACCGACGCCGCUGCAGCAGGAGCAGAAGGAACAUCUGGAGGAGAGACGGCAAGCUUGGCAUUGAAGGCCGACGAAGCUGGCGACGAGCUCUCAGAGCUCCGACAGACCUACGAAGCCGCCCAGAAGCAAUUCGCAGAAUCGGGAACCCAAGAAUACCUCCGCGGGACGAUCCACGAAUGUGACCGGAUGAUCCGCAACUGUGGCGAGGAAGUCUACCCCUCCGCAGAGUUCAAUUACAUCUACGCUUCGGCUUUACAUGAUUUCUCGUUGAUUGGCGCUGAGGAGCAGGAGCUUACUGGAUUCGUCGAGAUGGCGCUCGAGUAUGUCAGCAACGUCGCAGAUCUGAUCACCGCCGAGGAGAGAAAGGAAGCGGAUUGGGUCUGGAAGUACUACCUGGUCGCUGGAAAGGUUCACUUGCAGAAAGCAGAUUCGUUAUAUGAGGACCAGGAGGAGGCAUCGUCUAAGAAGGAGUUCAAGAAGUUGGGAACCCAGAUCCAUACGACGCUGGUUCAGGCGACGGCAUUGUUGGAUACAGGGUUCAAGAUGGUGCCCGAGGGGGAGGAGAAGCAUGUGGUGAGGUUAGAUGCGAAAUCAAUCGAGAAGGUGGGUGCCAAGGAGCAUGAAAUGGUUUCGGCGGCGGCGAAUGUUGCAUUGCAUGCGGAUCGGUUUGAGGAGUAUGAGAGGCGGAAGAAAUGGAAUACUUGGGCUCUCGAGACCUACCGUGAAGUCACUCAAGAUACCCCCGAGAAUGUGGAGGCAUGGCAGGGCAUUGCGACUUGCAUGCAUUCAAUUGUUGGAUGGUGGGCUGAUCAGGAGGCGGACGAAGAAAACGACGACGACGAAGACGAGGAUGAGGAGGAGCCUGAGGACGAGCUUAGCCUCCCCGUCUACUCCACAGAGCGCGGCCUGAUGUCAUUACAAGCAUUGGAUGCUAUCAAGAAGGCGAUUGAGCUUGCCCGCAAGGCUGAAUCAUUGACAAGUGACCUCUUGACCUUGGGCGCCGAAUGCCAUUUGAACUUGGUCAACAUUGCAGUGGGCGACAAGGCGGCUGCGGAGCAGUCCAAGGCGGCAGUGGCGUUGAUCAAGGAGGCCAUGGCAACAUUCCCUGAUCCGGCCCUCGAGGAGCGGUAUGCUGAAGUUUUGGAGGAGUUUGAGGAGAUUGCUGGUAGCAAUUAG